AUGGAGAGACAAACAAGACAAUCUGCACGGCAGAAGAAUGCUGCAAGCAAAGCAGCGGAAAGCCUCGUUGAGAAGGCCACAACAGCGCCGAGCAAGACGACGACGAGCAAAUCGGCUGCCGGCAAGACUGCUCAGAAUAAGACUGCUUCAAGCAAGGCAUCUCAGAAGAAGCCGGCCGCAAGCAAGGCAAGCAAAACAGCCGUGAGUAAGGUUGCUCCGAGCAAAGCUGCUCCGAAGAAAGCUGCCCCUCCAGUCAAGGCUGCUCCGGCAAAGGCAUCCACCAGCAAAGGAAACAACAACAAGCAGAGCAAACCGUCAACGAGCAAAACAUCGGCAAGCAAGGCUUCUACCAGCAAGACUGCAAGCAAAAAUGUCCCGAGCACUUCGACUUCGAGCGGGAACAACACAGAGCCGAGACAUUCAACGAACUCCGACUCGAGCACUCAGGCCCCACUCGCAGAUCAGCCCCAAGGAUAUGUCAGCAAUUGGGAUCGUCAUUCUCUUAACGAUAGGAGACAGUUUUUCGAACGAACCACCAUUCAACGGAUCAAUGAGAUGCAGGUAUUCAGAAGAGAGCACGUCACUCUGCAAACUUCCACUCCCGCUCCGGAUAUCUCUCUACCCGCAAAGAAAACGGGCAAGAAGAACUAA